AUGGCGUCCUCUGAGACGUCACGCCCGACCCUCCGGCAGGGAGCCCGGGUAGUUCCGCCGGACAGCAGCGUGUCGGUGGAGGAGGUGCUGUCGGGGAGCAGCUCCACCACGCGGGUCACCGUCUCCGGUGUUCCGCCGUUUAUACCGAACGAGCUGCUAGAAGUUCAACUGCGCAGGAGCAGCAAAGUGCGGAAGCCCUGGCCGUGGACGCGGCUGACUGGUCAGAGGACACUCCUCAGCCCUGAAGAUGAGGAUUCCCUGGUGGAGUACUGCUUGUACUCUGCAGGACCGUGCUUGCCCUUCAUCCCAACAUCCCCUUUCCCCAGCCUGCCUGCUGAGGAACACUGCCACCUUCUCCCGUCUCCUGAGCCUUCCACAUCGGCAGCGGGAUGUGACCAAAGGCCUUCCUCUCCCUCUCACUCGUUCCAACCUGCAGAGACCAGACCAUCAUCAUCCAGCUCCUCGUCUGCUGGACCCACGACAUCCACCGGUCACACUCCUGAAGACAUGGACACCGUUUGGGAGUGUGGCCGGUGCAAGGAACCCGACCCUCCCGAGAGCUCCGAGGGACUGGUGUCGUGGGUCCAGGGUGACCGCUGCCACACUUGGUAUCACACCACGUGUGGGCUGGGACGAGGAGCUGGAUGAGG